CAUUCCCUCUAUUGUACAGGCAGACAAUAAGGGCCAAUCGGUGGAGGGCCAUAAAAAGGAUAGACGCACACAGACAGCCAACAACCCUGGACACAGACAGCCAACAACCCUGGACACAGAUAGCCAACAACCCUGGACACAGACAGCAACCAACAGUUGUGGUGCAUUUAGGAGGACUGUGCUAUCCCAGACUUCUCCUUGAUGCUGUACACUUUAGCAGGAGGGGGUACACUCUGUGGGGUGGCCGCCCUCGUGCUCCUCAUCGUGUCCACGGCAACCGACUUCUGGAUGCAGUACCGCUACUCGGGAGCGUCGGCCAAUCAGGGCCUCUGGAGGUUUUGCAUCAAUCACAAGUGCCACGCCCACACCAUCACUGUGGCCUUCUGGGAUGCGACAAGGGCCUUCAUGCUGCUGUCUGUGCUGAGCUGCUUUGCUGGCGUAUUGCUGGGCCUGAGUGCCUUCGGCAACGGCACCAAGAGCAGGAGGGUUCGGACUGGGGGCUUCGCUCUGCUCCUGUCAGGUUUCCUGGCUCUGUUAGCUCUGGCCAUCUACACUGGCGUGACGGUCAACUUCUUUGGCAAGCGCUUCCUUGAUUGGCGCUUCUCCUGGUCCUACAUCGUAGCUUGGGUGGCCAUCAUCUUAUCUUUCGCUGCUGGUGGGUUUCACCUCUGUGCCUAUCAGAAGAACAUUGCCGAACCGCCUCCUACCAAUGUUCAAGAAAGCUAAAUGGGAAGUAAUCGUUUACCUGCACACUAAAGAAACGGCUACCAACCGCUCGUCUUUACUAUUGUCACUGAUGGCGAUGUGACAGCAGCUGUGGAAACAACAUGUCUGGCAAAAUCUGCUGAACAGAAUAAAUAGGACUGUUUGACUCCA